UCUACUUACACAUCCCUGAGUCGCUUUCUUUGUCACAAUGAUGUCUUAUCUUCCACCGGAUUUGGUAGAGGAAAUACUCUCUAGGGUUCCGGCGACAUCUUUGAUACGAUUACGAUCUACUUGCAAACUAUGGAACACUUUAUUUAAACACCCAAAAUUCGCCGAAAAGCAAUUUCGUAAAGCACCAAAGGAGUCUUUUGUUCUCAUGUUGAAGGAGUAUAGGGUUUGUCCAAUGAACGUCAAUCUCAACGUUUCUCCUCCACAUAUAGAGUUUAAGGGUGCACUUGCCCUAAGUAAUUAUCCUUCUAAUUCAGAAGAGGUCUAUAUACAUGAAGUUUUUCACUGCGACGGUUUAUUGCUAUGCAGAACCAUGGACUACAGACUCGUGGUUUGGAACCCGUGUUUGGGAGAAACAAGGUGGAUCCAAACCGAAAAAAAGUACUCUAGGCUUGCUCUAGGAUACGAGAAAAACAAAUCUGGCCAUAUCUACAAAAUCUUGAAGUGUAGGGACAAUAUACCAUACGGUCAAGUUGAUGAGUUUGAAAUAUAUGAUUUUAGCUCUGAUUCAUGGAGAGUUCUUGAUGUUGUCGCUUUGGAUUGCUUCAUACUAUCAAGUAUUGGCGUUUCUUUGAAGGGAAAUACUUACUGGCGUGCUUUGGAUAAAGUAAACUACUAUCAGUUCUUAGUCAAUUUUGAUUUUACAGCAGAGAGAUUUACACGUUUGUGUCUUCCGCCAUUUCAGAAUGUUCGUAAGAAGAAGGUUCUAUCAGUUUUGGGAGGAAAACAACUCUCACUGUUAUGUCAAAGGGAGAGUCCAUUAAAUAUAAUGGAUAUAUGGGUGACCAAUAAAGUUGAUACUGAUAUUGAAGCUUUGUUGAAGUGGAGCAAAUCUUUUACUGUGGAUAUACCCAUUCCCAGUGAUUAUGGUCCGUUUUCAAUGAGUUAUCUAAUCGACGAGGAAAAGAAAGUGGCUGUGUGUUAUGAUGAAAAAUUUGGGGAAACCAGCAAAAAGGUAUACAUUAUUGGAGAGGACAAUGCAUAUUACACAUAAAUCCCUUCUUUUGAAGAAUCUACUAACAAACUGGAGUGGUUUUGUCCAACUAUUUUGAAUUAUGUUCCAAGUUUGGUUCAAAUCCAAGGUAGAUGAAAGAAUGAAACUAAUCCUCUGUUUUUUCUUUUCUUUUCUCUUCGUUAUUGUUUUUGGAAACACUAUUGUCCGAAUAGUUUAACAAAUUGAUCAAUUAGUUUUUCUUUCUCUUUUGUGGAUCUCGCUUCUCUCUCACUCAACCGCAAAUGGUGCUAAAUGAUACUUUUCAAUUUCUCAUUCUUGGCUUAAACGGGGAGAUGUCACACUUAAUGUUUGGUAUACCUAGGUGAGACUUGGUCCUCAAGCAUGGGCUCAAAACUUGGACCGUUUAAGUUAGCCAACUUGAGCAAGUGUACUGGUGUUUACGAGUCAGAUUCGCCUGAGGGAACGUUAGCUAAGGCUAGCUCUGCAUAAAUUUUAUAUUGACUAGUUUCAAAAACCGAGAACCAUGCCGGAAUGUCAAAUGAGGAAUAGGUUUCAAGGAUAUAGAAUUGGGCAUUUUUUUGUAAAAUCUGUAUCCAUCAGAUUGAUUAUAUAUUUAUUAGAGCAAACUGUACAAAGCCCAAUAAUAUGAUCCAUUACUAGUCUA